GUUACUGAACGCCUCUUAAUCCGGAGGCUGGUCCUGGUCUGAGAGGCUGGUCUUGGUCUGAGGAACCUGUUGUUGAGAUCAGUUCUCGUUGAACCGGUUGGAAGCUCCAGAUUCCCUCCGUGCACCUCUGACUCUGAGUCCGCCUCAGAGACGCGUGAGCCCGGCUUCAGGAGACAGACCGACCCGCUGCCAUGGCUCCGAGCUGUUCCUCCAUCCCUCCCCCCCCUCCCCCAGCUCCAUCAUGCCCAUCCUCAAAAACCUCCCAGUGCGCCUGAAAGGCGGCGGUCCAACUCUAGACAACGCCCUGAUCCUCCGCAGGAUGAGCCUAAACAUCACGCCCCACCACAGCCCCUUCAACAAUGAGGACGAUGAUGACGGCAACGGGAACCACUGGUCGCCGGGCAGCUCGCUCCUGGACGGCGACGUACCGAGGGACCGCAACCCGUUCGAGGACGAGGAGGAUGAGAACGAAGCCAACGAGGGGAAAAAGGGAAGCGGAGGAGGAGGAGGCGGCUCGGCGAAGGGCUCGUUCAAAUUCAAGUCGCCCCUGAAGAGCCUCGGCAAGCUGGGGAAGAACCUGAGGAUGUCAGCGAGGAGCAAAGGAAGUGGCACACCCUCCCCACAGGGGUCAAUGCAUUCACCUUCACCUUCAGAGAAGAAGAAGAGAGGGAGGAGGAGCUCUGAAGGAAGUCUACUCAGGUUCGCAGGGAAAUACCGCGACACCCUCGGCUCCCGCAAGGAGUCGCUCACCAACGGUGAAAUGAACGGCACCGACAGCGAGUGCGACUCCACCAGCCGACGCCUGUCCUUCAUGAAGAUGGUUGGGCUGGGGAAGCUGAAGAAGGAGUCCGGCGCCGACCACUCGUCACAGGGACCCGAGGACCGUCCGGUCCAGGAGGAGGUGGUGGAGGAGGUCAAACCCAGGGAGCCGCUGUCAGUCCUGGAGAUCCUGCAGUUGGUGAAGAAGCGUGACCUGUUGUUGGCCGACUCCCACAUCCUGGAGCUGGAGCAGGAGUGCAAUGAGUCGGCGCCACUCGACCGAGGAGGCGGCACAACACAGCCGGAGGACGCCGCCAGCCCCGGCAUGAAGGACAGCGGCCGGAGGAAGGCGAAGGACGUGGAGCUGCUGUACGAGGAGCUGCAGAAGGAGCUGUGGGCCGUGGUCAGGGAGUCCCUGAGGUCCACGACGGCCGGGCCCAACCUGGGCCUGGUGGUCCAGGUGCUGCAGCAGGAGGAGCAGGCUGAUAAAGACUGGGCCCUUAGUGAGGGGGUGGCCCCCGGGGGCCCGAGGCCUCGGUGCCUGAAGCGGAGGUGGAGGGAGGCGGUGGAGGAGGCAGCCGAUGGCUCCCUGCCUCAGAAGGCCGAGUUCACGGCCGGAGAGCUGGACAAAUACCUGGACCGGCUUCGGGUCCGAGUUGUGGAGGACCUGGGGGCCGCCAACAGGAACGUGGUCUCCAUUUACCCCGAAGAGUACCAGGCCUUCCAGGUGUACGUGGAGAGCUACCACCAGGCUGUGGCGAGGCGGCUGAAGGCGAUCACUGACAACCAGCUGGAGAUCACUGACAUCUACUCUCUGCUGGACUGGCUGCACAACAUGUACAACAGGGACGUUCUGGGGACGGUUUGUAUCACGGCUCCAUUCAGCCGAUCUCAGCUGAGUCCUCUGCUGUCCUCAGACACCGUGGACCGACUGGAACUGGACUGUCUCAACUCUGUCCGGGCUAAAGUGACCACGGAGCUGACCCAAGUCCUGGACGAGGAGGAGAAGAGGUGGAUGGAGACGCUGCACAUCGAGGAGUACCAGAUCUCUCUGGCCAAGACCGUCAUCCAGAGGCUACAGGUCGAUCUGGAACGUUCUGCCUCCAUCAACAGGAGUCUGGGCUCCAGAGUAGCUCAGUGCAGCCUCAACGGGCUGGCCGACUUCCUCUACAGCUUCCAGCGUAAAGUUGAGAUGUUCCACGAGGGGAUGCAGAGCGGUAUGUUCGGGGACAACGAAGACGGAUACGUGUCCAGGACCAUCGCGCUUGUCAACUGCUGCCCUCCAUUCAGUGGCUUCGUGCAGCGCUGUGCUCAGUGUGAUCCAUCCGUUAGUGAAGACUCUCUGCGUCGAGCCAACAGGAGUCUGGAUCACAUCGUUCAUCAGGGAGUCCGGGUUCUGUCUGAACGCCUCUACCUGCACAUCAGGCCAUUCUUUGAGCGGUUGGUGAAGAGGAAGUGGUUGAGCAACACAGAGCCAUACGAACAGAUCGAAGCGCUCAUCAAGGAAGACUUCAAGAAAUAUCAUCGGAUGGACAGCCCCCCCUACCAGAUGCUGGUGGGUGAGGUCCACCGUCGGGUGGUGAUGGAGUACCUCCGCUCCAUCAUGAGAGGACGGAUCAUCUGCACCUCCAUGAAGAUGAGGAAGAGGCUGGCCGGCCGGCUCAGGGACGAAGGCAAACAGAUUAAAACCCUCUUCAAAGACCUGGAGUCUCCGUCCAGCUGGUUGGACAGCGCCCUGUCCCACAUCUCAGAGAUCAUUCAGCUGGAGGACGUCCCCUCCGUCCAGAUGGAGGUUGCAGUUCUGGUCCGAGAGUUUCCAGAUGUCAGGAAGAAGCAUGUGUCGGCCAUCUUGAACAUCCGGGGGACGACCCGGCAGGGGGAGCGUCAGGAGAUCCUCAACAUCGUUAAAGACAUCGAGAGCAGCGACGGAGGUCCGGCACCACUCCCCCGGGACCGGGCCCUCUUCGCUGAGGUGCCGGUCACCUCCGAGGUCCACUGCCUGAACCUGGGUCUGAGCCGCGUGGCCCUCACAGCGUCGUCCUGCUUCGCCACGCUGAGGCCACGCCCACGCAAGACCAGGACACCCGUCCAGGAAAACCCAGACGACGUCCUGUGAGCUCAGGCCUCAGACAUGUGGUUUCAUUCAUUUAACAAUGAACACGCCAGCGCUAGCAGAGCCGCACGAAGCGCUAACCUCUAGCUGCAGCGUCUUCCUGCAGGACUCAACGAGCUGAACGGCACUUUAUCAACGAUGGUCCAUGAACUUCCUGGUAUUUCAGGUUUGGUUUUAGAAUGGUCCUUAAAAAAAAAAAAAGUUGGUCCUUUAAAGCAGUAAAGCAGUUCUUCCCGUUCUGACUCGCUGCACAGCACUUAGUAAAACUGCUAGAAAUGCUUUAAUAUUUGAGAUAUUUGAGCUAACUUGUGUUUAUUAUCUGUAGUACUACCGUUAGUCCAAUAGAUGGAGACAAAAGAACAUGAAUGAAGUUGAGGAAGACCAAUCAGAGACCAAUAAAAGCAUCAGACAGCAUCAACAUUAAUUAGCAUAUGUUCAUAUAUUUAAAAAAAAUAAUUACACAUUACAAAGAAGUAAUACGGAAUAAUAGAAAACGAAAGCUCCACUGAAGACUUCACCAAAAAGUUCCCAGGUUAAAUAAAGACCUGUGAAUAUCUUGUUCAGUUUAAAUUUCAGAAUAAAGUAGGAUGAUUUUUUGGACUUUCUACAGGUUUUGGUUUUAAAAGCAAACUUGAAAUACCAAAAAUAAAUUAAAAUGAAUAAAAAAUGCACCAUUGGACCGUAGAGGAUCAAUCAGAGGGAACUGGGAAAACUGGACCAGAACUGGACCAGAACUGGAAGCAGCAGCUUUGGGAGAAUUCAGAAGACUUUGCUUGAGCUCUUAAAUGUGUUAAAAUAAGAGUGGAGUCUGGUGUGAGAGAUUUUAUUGUUUGAAUCAAAGGUACGAGACGAUGAACGGAGUUUGUAGUUUAGUUCAUGUGUGAGAAUUUCUUUGUGUUUGGUGUUAAUUAAAUUUAAAGAAUUUAAAUGAAUAAACUCACUCUGUCGACGUUUAAGGGACGAAGCAUCUUCACAUUUCAGCAUUUAACCGAUUAAAACUUUUAUUUCCCGCUUUUCAAACAGAUCACGUUCUUAUUCCUUUUCUUCUUUUAAAUUGUGGAUGUAUGAGAUGAAUCUUUGUACAGAGAUCAGCUUUAAACCAAAUUAAAACCAGAUCAGAGCAUCCUUA